AGGGGGCCAAAUGCAAAAUCAUAAAGGCGAAAACUAGGAGACGGCGAAGCCCAAUCUCCGCCGCGUCAUUCUGAACGAAACCCUAGAACUGCUCCGCCGAGCUUCCGAUCCCCUUUAUCGCCGCCUGGCGGAAAUCCAAGGACGAGCCAGCUGCUAGACUCACCUCAUCCAUGGAUCUGGAGAUAGUGGGGCGGCACGCCCUGCUCUUCGACGACGACGCGACGGCCGAGGUCGUCAACUCCGGCGGCUCCCUCGUGCCCUGGGCGGCCAUCGGCGCGGCGGACCUCCUUCUCGACCGACACGACGUCCGCCACCUCCUAGAUCGUGUGCCCCCUCGACCGCGCCGCGCCUAUUCCAAGGACAUCCUAUCCGUCCCCUCCUCGGACGGCGUCUCGGAGGCCGAGCUCGAUCGCGAGCGCUACCUCGACCUCCCCGCCGCCGAUGGCGGCGACGAAGACGAGGGUUCCGGACAUGCGGCCCCCUCAGGAAACGGGGCAGAUACCAGACAAACUGAUUAUAGUUCUGUUCCUUUCUCAUAUGGGAGUUCUGCUGGUUCAGAAGAUCCAUAUUCUUCGGGCUCGUAUUAUCGCCCAUCAUUUUAUGUGCCAGAAAGCUUGUUGAAUAAGCUGUUGAUCCAGCAAUAAUUGUCCAAGGUGCAUAUGUUCUUCUAAGGAUUAAAUGCCUGUUUCAGAUGGUUGGAGCAGAGAUGAAGUUCCUACUAUUGAUGCACAUUGUUUCCUUGCAAUGUAUCUUGACGUAAGGAAUAGGCAGCCUCCCUCUGAGAAGGUGCAUCACAUAAUUGCAAGAACGGCUUUAUUUGUCAGUGAGCAUGGGGGACAGUCAGAGAUUGUGUUAAGGGUGAAGCAGGGAAAUAAUCCAACAUUUGGAUUCUUGAUGCCGGACCAUAAUCUCCACAGCUACUUCCGCUACCUUGUUGAACAACCUCAACUGCUGAAAGAUGGUGCGGAUGCUGUUGACAUGAGUAAAGUAAAAAAAAAUGAGGGUGAGCAUGCCUCAUCUGGGGGGGCUUUGUCAUUGCUUGGGACUGCAUAUGACUCUGGAGAUGAGGAUGAAGGUACACUCCCCCCUGGUUUAAAAGGCAUGGAUCGUGCAAAUCCCAUGACCCCUGAUUCUCAGGGCCAUGUAAAAUCUGUAUCCACUAUACCUGAUAAUAAAGAUAAGAGUGUGUUGUCAGAAGCAGCUGCUGCUUCAGCUAAGAGUAAACCUAUCUUGAUGAAGAAGAAUCCAAUGAUUACUGGGAACAUCAUUAUCACUGCUCCGCGGGAAGAGGUUAAAGACACAACUACAGCAUCGACUACUGCAAAGUCGCAAAACACCAAUUCAGGCUUGUAUGAAACAAAAGAAAUGAUCCUUGAACCACCAUCUUUCAUGAAGCGCACCAUGGAGAAAAUAGUUGAGUUUGUUCUAACAAAUGGGAAGGAGUUUGAAGCAAAACUUAUUGAACAAGACAGAACAACUGGAAGGUUUCCAUUUCUUCUGCCAUCCAAUCCAUACCACUCUUAUUAUCUCAAGUUUCUCCAGGAAACCCAAGAGUCCAAGUCAUGUGGUAGAAGUCCUGAUCACAAGGACAGAAGAUGUUCUUCUGACUGGAGGGACAGAAGAAGUCCUUCCGAGCGCGAUGGCAGAAGAAGCUCUCGUCAGCGAGAUGACAGAAGCUCUCGCGAGCGUGAUGACAGAAGAAGCUCUCGCGAGCGCCAUGAUAGAAGAAGCUCUCGCGAGCAUGAUGACAGAAGAAGCUCUCGCGAGCGCCAUGACAGAAGCUCUCGUGAUCGCAAUGACAGCAGUUACAGCAAGGAAGGAACCAGAAGCGAUGAAUGGCCAACUUCUGGCAUGAUCUCCGGUUCUUCUGACAGAAGCUCAGCAGGGCCAACAGAGAAGCAGUUGCAUGAUCAACAAGGGAAGGGUAUAUUCCAUCCCGUAAGUGGGAUCAAGAAGGAACCUCCUCGGAAAGUCACUGCAGAUGAAGCUGCUGCUAUUGUAAUGGCAGCUACUCGUGGACUGGGUGCUGCCAAUAACUCUCUUAACACCAUAAAAGGAAAGAAGGAAGACGUUGGCAUCAAUUGUAGUAAUGAUCAUUCUUCCAGCUUUGGAAGUUUGUCGCCUUUACUAGACCGAGAUGCACCAUGGAAACGCAUUUCAAAUAGUGAGGCGGAUACUUCACUUACAAGUAGUGGACAGCCUAAAAAGGAAGGUUUUGGAAUUAUUGAUGAUGAUUGGAUUGCAAACACUAUUGCGAAAGCUGUUGCUGUUGCAGCCUCCAAAGAAGCAGAUUCUUCUGAAGCUUCCAUGACAAAGGAGCAGAAGCUGAAAGCUGAGAGGCUUCGGCGCGCAAAGAUGUUUGCAUCAAUUGUUAAGAGUGGAGGAAACAAGAUGAAUGAUUUGGCUACAGUAUCAGAUCCAACAGAUGAACCUUCCAAGGCCACACCUGCUAAUAUGAAUGCCUCUGAACUUGAUGCACAAGCACAACCCAAGGAACGUGAAGGUAGCUCUGCUCCAAUUGAACGUAAUGAUUCAAGCGUGACAAAGUUGGAGAAGGACUCUGAUGAUGAACAGAACAUAGUGCGGAAGUAUCGAAAGAAACAUCACCAAGAGUCCAAUGAGGAGAAAGAUGAAUCAGAGGAAAGCUACAAGCACUCGAGGAAGAGGCACCGGCCAGAACAUUCAAGAGCCCAUAGUAAGGAUGUCCACAAACAUAAGCACAAGAGUCACUCCAAGGGCAGGGAAUCCAGACACCGUAGGCACCGGCAUAGCUCUUCGGAAGAUGAGCAUGAGCAUCGGAGUUCCAAGUCAAGGCAUCAGCACAGGGAUGAUGAUCGCUACUCUGAUGAUGAAGAACAUAGCAGGUCACGUGGGUAUCGGAGGGAACAUCGCUCCAGUUCUAAACGGAAGCAUGAGGAAGGGCAAGAUCAGAGUGAACAGACUCAAGGUCGUUUUGAAGUGUCCCCGAGCCCAUCAGCUGCUAAGUUUGAAUCAGACAAGCCACCUGGGGCAACUGAAGUGCCGAGUGAGCUGAGGGCAAAAAUUAGAGCGAUGUUGCUAGAGACACUGUAAUUUUUUGUUAUAAGCAAUGACAUUUGAAACCUUAGAUCUCUGUUUUAAAUCUCUGUCCGGUAACCGACUUGUUCUAUUGUAUCUGGUUCAAACGUCCUCCUUUGCGCUCAGAGCCCCAUUUUUUCUAAUGCUAAAUAUGUAAACCUGACUUCCUCUGCAUGUAUGGGUUUGUUUUUAUGA